AUGCCAGCCACAUCGUCAGUUGGGGGUGAAGCCCCUACGUACACUGCAGAGGAUUUACUCUCCCUUGAUGAUGGGCAGCUCGUUGAGUUUCUGAAGCGUUGCUCAUGUCCUACGGGUGGAUACGAUAUUUCAAGCGCAUCCGGAUUCUUUACAAUGUUAGAGUCUAGACGAAAUGAGCUUUGCAAAAGGUUAACGACCGUCGUGGACCAGAUAGAGAAUGCAAAUACCCCCGCCCCCCUCGAUAUCGACACACUUAUGGAACGCUUGGCCAGCGUUGCUGACGGCCCGAACGACCUCCGUGAAUAUAAACUGCCGGAGUGGAGUGAAGAUCUCGAAUCUACCAUGUCUCCUUCAACGCCUAAAUUCGAAGAAUUGGAGUUGAUGUGUCUCGAGGAGCUCCUUCAGCACGGCGGCAGGCCCGUGAUUCGCGACAUUGCGUCGCUAACGUCGCUAACUGAGAAGGAGCGAAAAAGACUCCCUUGGGUACAUGACCCAUUGUUCACGGAAGAAGUGCCCAGAAUUUUCUCAAGACAAGCAGAUCGCUGGUGGGACUUUAUGAAAUGGCAAGCGGAUAACCGUGGCCCCGAGGCUGGAGACUAUGGGGUAUCUGCUUACGUGGCGACACAUUUGCGCAGAUUCUCACUAUCAACCGAUAUGUCACAGAGUUCUGAAUUAGAAGAUUCACUUAGGCGAAUGUGGGAGGUGAAAAUGAAGCGCCUCGAGUUCCCUGAUCCAAGCCUUCCGGCGUACCAAGAGGCAGUCAAAAAACGUCUGGCAUCGCACCACUUUACUCAGGAGUUCCGAUUAGAAGCUGACCCGCGCAAGCAAGAUGCCUGGACAACGUGGGUUGAGUAUCUCAACUUUGAGUACUGGGAGACAGAUAGGCUUACUGCCUCGCUGGGGGCCACUGAAAGAGGUUACCACGAUGCCUGGGAUAACUUUCGGCGAAUAGACACGCCACAACCUUCUGCGAAUUUCGGAGCAAGACAGGAAUUCUACAAAGAUGCCCCCCCGGAAGAUCUACCCCUUGAAUUCCAGCUGGAACAAACGCGACGUAGCCUUGAGGCUCUGCAACGGCGGACAGAUACUUUCAUCCGAGACACUGCGCGUCAUCGACGCAAGGAGGAGGCCAUUCACCACCAGCUCAUCCUAACACGAUGGAUUCGGGAACAACUGCGUGUGAUCAAAGCUGAGACCGCGCAGCAAGGCACAACUGGGGACCCCGACCAACGCAAGUCGCCGGCUUGCAAGAAAAGAAAAAAUGAGAAUCAGGAAGCCAGUGUUGAAGAGGGCGGGCGCAGCGUUAAGAGAUCGAAACAAGACAGUGACUCGGGUCAAGAUCCUGUUCAACAACCAGCUCGAGAAAGGCCAGAGGACUCCAUCAAAGCGGCAACAUUCAAAGGGAGCGCGCGACAACUUCUUUCACCUCGCCAAACGGCCCAUCCUCAGACAAAUGCGAACUCAGCCUCUCACAAAAGGCAGUCUUCAAGCCGCAGAUCUUGUACUGCAGCUAUGGCAUCAUCAUCGCCAAUUCGGCGCCGGUCACAACGGCUGCAGGCUCAGUUGCAGGAACAGUUGCAGGAACGAUU